UGGACGACGCACGAGAGCGACGCGGAGUGAGGCGCGUGGCCGGGCAUGCCGUACGUGUGGUUCGCGAGCCACUGGCUGGCCAUGAGCCACUCCUGCUACAACCCCAUCAUCUACUGCUACAUGAACGCGCGCUACCGCCGCGGGUUCAAACAGGUCUGCAUCUUGUAUUGUGGCACAGGUGUUGUGGACGACGCACGAGAGCGACGCGGAGUGAGGCGCGUGGCCGGGCAUGCCGUACGUGUGGUUCGCGAGCCACUGGCUGGCCAUGAGCCACUCCUGCUACAACCCCAUCAUCUACUGCUACAUGAACGCGCGCUACCGCCGCGGGUUCAAACAGGUGCUCGGCGGGUUGCUGUGUCUCAAGCAUACCGAGGCCCGCUCCUGCCCCCGUUCCAGCGUUUGUGAGGGCGUUCCUAUGUCAGAAAUGGUGGGCCUGAACUGCUCUUCGGCCCGGCGCGGCGUGGCCAGUUGCCGGUGCCGCCCCCGAAACGGCGUUCUUGGCGUCUGCUCAAAGUGCAAGUGCAACUCCCUGGAGCUAAAAGUGUGUCCAACUGCGCCAAGACCCCCAGCGGCGCCGGCGCGCGCCCUCUCGGUCCGUUCCAAUUAUUUCACCUAGACUGACUUUAGU